AUGGGGAGGACCAGGCGCGUGACGGUUGCGACGACAGCAGACAUCCCACAGGUCGUGGAGAGGCCACCCCCAGCCCUGGACUCUCCAGUGGAAGUGUCUAGAGCUUCCUCCUUCGACUGGAAGGACCACUGGUACCCCAUCGCCUUCACCAAGGACAUUGGCAGCGCGCCCUACCCCUUCACGCUGCUGGAGGAGCCCAUCGUGCUGUGGCGCGACGGGGCGGGCGAGUACCAGUGCCUGGCGGACUCCUGCCCCCACCGCCUGGUCCCGCUGAGCGAGGGGCGUGUGGCCCCCGACGGCACGCUGCAGUGCGCCUACCACGGCUGGCAGUUCCGCGGCGACGGCGCCUGCACCCUGAUCCCGCAGGGUGGCGACCCCGCCUCGCCCCGCGCCUGCGCCCGCUCCUACGCCUGCCGCGCCGCCCAGGGCCUGGGCGGCUGGCUGGCCUUUGGCGACAUGUGGCGCGACCUGCCCUACGACGCGGUCACCCUGAUCGAGAAUGUGAUCGACGCGGGGCAUGUGCCCUUCACCCACCACGCCACCGUCUCCAAGCGCACCAGCAGCGGCAGCUUCGCCGACCUGGCGGUCACCGAGCGCAGCGAGGCCGGCUUCCGCGGCCUGUGGCCCAGUGGGCCGCGCCGGGGCGCGCUGGGGCCGCAGGCCACUGAGUGGCGGGGGCCCAACCUCAUGCGCCACACCAUCGAGGCGCAGGAGACGCGCGGCUUCUCCAACAUCACCGCCGUCUACGCCGUGCCCAUCGCGCCGGGGCGGUGCCGCGCCAUCGUGCGCCAGCCCUUCAAGUUCAAGAACCGGGUCAUCCCCGCGGUCAUGGGCCUGGUGCCGCGCUUCGCCACGCACCUAGAUGCGCUGAAGAUUCUGGACGACGAUGUCGUCUUCCUGCACCUGCAGGAGGAGAAGGUGGUCAAGGCGGGACUGGCCACCAAGCCGCCGGGCCAGGUGGGGGUGUUUUGGAGGGGGCAUGUCUGGGAGUCGGGGGAGGGAGUUUGUGUGGGCUGUGCGGGCCAGUGA